GUCCCUCACUUGUCAUUUCAUCGCCCAAAAUCUCAUUUUCAUCAAAUUUUGGGACACUUGUCUUUAUAGCAUUAUGACGGUCUCUCAUCUUGUCCGUCGCGGGGUUGAGGCCUUCUCUGCAGCCGAGGAUGGGGAUAUGCCCAUCUAUCGUGUUGAAGUGGGAUCUCCUAUCCUUGCUGGCUUGUUCUUUAUUACAAUCCUUGCGGGUGUCUUUGCUAUUUCCUCCAUCGCGUACACUUAUGGAACACUAGUACCAACCCUCGCUGCCGUGGAGGAUUCUAAUCCGGCACUCUAUCUUCGUGUUGAUAUUGAUCCUAUCAACAAGAACCCGGCCGAUCCGAACGAUGUCGAGAUGGAAGUUGAAACCCCUGCUCCUAGGCCCAUCACUAGCAAGCUGCGCACUACGCUUCGCCACCUCCGCGCGCGCGGCGGCCGUCUCUCACGUUUCCGUGGCUUCAGCAUGUUCAUCACCUUAGCUGUUGCCCAGUGCAUCGUCUCUUCUAUUAUUCCUAUGUCUCCUAGCUCGAUUUAUAGUGGAUUCAUCCAAUCCACGCUUGUCCAUAUUCUCCUUGCCAAUCUGCGGGUCGCCUGGGUGCACAUUGUGAUCUCGGAGCCUUCUCCCAAGCGUUUCUACCAGCGUAUCCCGAGCUUUCGAUCUCUGAAGAAGAUUAUCCCUGCAGCUGCUUUCGAAAGCCUUGUUGUCAACGGCUCGUGCCUUAUCGCUUUUUUCAUCAUCCGUCUAGUCCAUGGACUCAAGGAACUCGAUCUUAUUCGCGAUGGUGAUGUUUCUCCCGAGCUCGUGCGGCGUGCCGCCGGCAUAAUGAGCAUCGCUGGCUUGGUUGGCUGGCUUGCGUCCUUCCCCGCAAACGUCAUCUUCGUCCGCGUGGCGGCGUCUAUGCUCCCUGCAGAGGACGAGCCAAUCAUCCCCUUCGACCGAAGCUUCGGUGGGAAGGUUGCUCCCGAAGUCGUUGGUGGUGGUGCUCUGAGCAUUGCCGAUGCUUGGAAAACAAUGGACCGCGACGGCUGGAAGCGCUAUGCUAAAGCUGAACUCAAGGCCAUGGGCUUAUACAUGGCUAGCUCGAUCUUCUUCUCUAUCGUUAUUGCGGCAACGUUACUCGGUGGUGCUUUCGCAAUUAAGCCUAAGGGUGGCAACUAAACUGCGGAAGAACCGACGUUAAUAAACGCAGUUACCGUCCCUGGGAAGCGCGGUGCCUCUUGGACAUUGGUUCUAUGAUUGUCUCGAAUAUAAUAUCUAUCCAGUAUUUUUACUCACCCUGUACGCUCGCCAUUUACAUACCAACCAUUAUACUUGCUUAAAUGAUAAAUCAUUUAUUAUUCGUGUUAGGCUGGCACUUUCCGUAUUCUCAAUACAAGACACUUGAUGCUGC